AUGCAGUUUGUCGAAAACUACUUCAGUUCUCAAAGUGAACAAAGCGAUGAGGAUGACUUGUACGCUGCCCGUAGAAAAAAAGAAGCACUGAAGUUCGAGAACCUUAUGGACGAUGAAUUGGAUGGCAUUCUUCAGCGUAGUUCGGAGACACGUGCUAUCAAACAAAGACAGGUACACUUUGCAUCCACAAACGAUUCUACACAAGAUGCCACUCUUCCUUCCGGCGAGCAGGACGAUGAGUUGUAUGACGAAGACGAAGAUGAACUGAAUGCUCAAUGGGUCAGGGAUAAUUUGCCUGGUGGGAACAGUCGGAAUUCGGAUGCCGUAUUAAACUGUCCAGGCUGUAUGACACUAUUGUCAGUAGAUUCCCAUAGAGACGGUCGCUUGAAAACUCACUACCAAUCCACCAAUCCAAUCAAUUGUGUGAUAGACGAAACAUGUACAGCACAGGCGAGUGAAACACAUACAAGGCAAAGUAAAAGACGGAGGUCUUCGCACAAACAAAUCCUCCAAGGGUGUCGUGAGAAGUCUAGAAAAUCGUUUAACUGCGCUGGGCUAAAUUUCCCUCGCAGAUUUCCUCCCACUAUCUGAGACGAGAAGUUACAUCCACUCCUA